UAAAUAAGGAUUAAAUAUUAUUCUUAUAAUUGCAGGAACUUGUGCUUCAUUUGCUACAGUCCUUUUACAUCCAGACAUCAAAUUUUCUCAAUUGGUUGCAAGUAAAAAAAUAUGGGGUGUUACACAAAUGGCAAAGGGCUAUGCUAUUGGAGGAUUAUCAGGAUUUCUGUAUAUGUGGACAGUAAAAAAGUUUAGUGAACUUCGAGGAGGCAAAGAUGAUGGGUUAAAUCAUUUUCUGGGUGGUUUUGGUGUUGUUGCACCAUAUGCGGCAGUUUAUAAACGAAAUUUCACAUUCUUCAUGCUUGGUGGAUUUUUUGCUGGAAUUAUUGCAAUGUCGACUAAAACUUUUGCACAGAUGGAAUAUACAAGAAAUUCAUAUAUGGAUCCAGAUAGGCAGGUUGACCAGUACACACGGUAUCCAGAAAUUUUUGUUGCUUAUCAUGUGCGAAAGGAACGACAUGAAGCUAAGCAAAGACUUAAAGAGCUCAACGAGACUUCAUAAAAUCUUCAACCAAAUUUUACUGUUAAUAUGAUAGAGACAUUAAGUUUUGAACAGUUGGAAGAAAAUUUGAUUUCACAGAGGUGUACUGUUGACAUUUUGGUAUCUUAGUUACAAGUAUGUCUUAUACUAAAACAAAAACUGAUUGCUACAUGAAUGUUUUACUUUCUCAGUAAAGGAUUAUCUUGUUUUAAA